AUGAGCGACAAUGAGAGAAACAACCCGCGUGACGAGCCCCCGCCGGAGCUGGUCGACCCCAUCACCCUCGCCGUCAUGGAGGACGCGGUGAUGGUUACGCCGUGCGGUCACAGCUUCUCGACGACCUCCAUCACGGCGUGGCUGCGACAGCAGGGCUCCACCAAGGUGUGUCCCGUGUGCAAGAGCACCAUCAACGAGAACCUCAUUCCCAACUGGGCUCUGCGCAAUGCCGUCGACCGGUACAACCAAAAGUACGGCAAGCGGCGUGCGUCAUCGUCGGCUGACGAGCCGCCGGUCUACACGCACCAGCAGCUGCAUAUCGACCUGGCUGACUACCCCGUCAAGCCCUCCGCUCCGCCAGUCGGGCUCAAUUCGUCGGCGUCGUCGGCAUCAGAUUCGUCGGCGUCGUCGCCGCCGUCCUUCCAUGCCGAAGACGACCUGCCGGCCAGGCGCACUUUCACCCAGGCGAUGGCAGCAACGUCCUCGUCCUCUUCCCCCGCGAACCAGCACCAGGAUGAUGACGGCAGCGACUGCGAAUGCUGUGUUGAGCGGCCGACGGGCAAACGGGGCUGCUGUGUGUGGGAGUGCGCCGAGUGCGGCGUGUGCAAGAUGGCCGACGACUGCAGCGGCCCCGGCUGUCUGCUGGUGUUCCCGACGACGACAGUGACAUGCCAGGGCUCGUUCGGCAAGUGGAGCAACUGGUACUCGCGCACUAUCUGCGGGUCGAUCUAUCCGAUCUUCGUGGCGCUCGUGCUGUUGCUCCUGUGCGCGGACCUGAUCCUCAUCUGCGUGUUCUGGACGCUGUGGAGCUUCCUGGUGCCGCUGGGCAUGCUGUUCUUCCUGAUGACGCACUACUUCUGCCCGUGCGUCAACCGAGGCGUCAACAAGGUGUGCGGCGACUAUGCCUGGGUGAUCGGCCAAGUUCCACCGCGCACUACACGCAGUGGCGCGAGCACAUCGCCACGUCACUUCGAGCUCGAGGCUUGUGGAACUUCGCGUUCGACGACGUCAAGGAGCCGGUCGCGCUCCAGGACGAGACAGCGGUCCACCUCUUCAACCGAAUCGAGGAGUACCACCAAAAGCGACAGCAGACCGCCGGCUACAUCGGCCUGUCGCUGGGGUCGAUCUUUCCGAUCUUCGUGGCGCUCGUGCUGUUGCUCCUGUGCGUGGACCUGGUCAUCAUCUGCGUGUUCUGGACGCUGUGGAGCUUACUGA